CCCCCCCCUCAGAGCCGCAGAGUCUCCGCAGGAUCCGGUUCAGUCCAGAGCCGCAGAGCCUCUUAGCGUCAUUAAUAGUUUAUUAUUAUUAUUAGUUUUAUUACUAUUAUUAGUUUAAUUAUUGGUUUAUUUAUUAGUUUAUGUAUUAGUUUGAUUAUUAGUUUGGUUUUUAGUUUAUUUAUUCUCGGUUUAUUGUCGUCAUUUUGCGGACUUUUCUCGCCGUUCCGGUACCAGGAUGGGCUCGGUUCUGCCCGGUUCCUCUCUGGGCCUGAAGGCCUCCAAGCCGCUCAGCCUGUCUGACGUCAUCACCUCGGACAUCCUGCACAGCUUCCUGUACGGCAGGUGGAGGCACGUGCUGGGCGAGCAGCAGCACGCGCACCUGCAGCAUCACCUGCAGCACGACGACCGGACGGCGCCGAGCGCGAGCCCCAAGACCGCGUUCACCGCCGAGGUGCUCGCGCAGUCCUUCUCCGGAGAGGUGCAGAAGUUGUCCAGCCUGGUUCUUCCCAGUGAGGUGAUCAUUGCUCAGAGCUCCGUUCCAGGUGAAGGUUUGGGAAUUUUCUCCAAGACGUGGAUCAAAGCAGGAACGGAGAUGGGUCCGUUCACCGGCCGGCUGAUCUCCCCGGAACACAUCGACCUGUACAAGAACAACAGCCUGAUGUGGGAGGUGUUCAACGAGGACAGCUCCGUCAGGUACUUCAUCGAUGCCAGCCAGGAGGACCAGAGGAGCUGGAUGACCUACAUCAAAUGUGCCAGGAACGAGCAGGAGCAGAACCUGGAGGUGGUCCAGAUCGGCAGCAGCAUAUUCUACAAGGCCGUGGAGACCAUCCCUCCGGACCAGGAGCUGCUUGUCUGGUACGGAAACUCUCACAACACAUUCCUGGGAAUUCCUGGAAUUCCAGGAGGAGAUGAGGAGCAGAGCAAGAAGACCAAGACCGAUGAGUUCCACACCUGUGACGGCUCCUCCUCCUCCUCCUCUUCCUCCUCCUCUUCCUCUUCCUCCAGCCUCGGCCGGAUGCGAUGCGUCAUCUGCCACCGCGGCUUCAACUCUCGCAGCAACCUGCGCUCGCACAUGCGUAUCCACACGCUGGACAAGCCGUUCGUGUGCCGCUUCUGCAACCGUCGCUUCAGCCAGUCGUCCACGCUGAGGAACCACGUCCGGCUGCACACCGGAGAGCGGCCCUACAAAUGCCACGUCUGCCAGUCGGCCUACUCCCAGCUGGCCGGCCUGAGGGCGCACCAGAAGAGCGCCCGGCACCGGCCCACGGCGGAGGCGGUGGCGGCGGGGGGAGGCGUGGUGGUGGUGGGAGGCGGCGGCGUCCACUCACCUCCCCCAUCUCACCCGCCUCAGCUGACCGCCGUGUCUCACCCGGCCUCCCUGGUCCACCACAUCCCCACCAUGGUGCUGUGAUGCCUCCACCGUACAGGUAGCCAGUCAGCUGCCACCGUCACAUCCACCCGGCCAAUCACUGAUGGCCGAGGUGACCCUCUGUCAACCCUCUGAACCCCACAACCUGCGCCAGGUUUGUAAAGUGUCUAAUAUUCAAAGACGAUGACCAACAUGGCUCUACUUAGAUGCUGUAGAAACAGAAAGAACCGUCAGAUCCUCAACUUUCCAACAGAUUCCAAAAAAAUCAGCUGUUUGCUGUAACCAGAACCCGUUACACCAGAACCUUCCUCCUCCUGGUUCUGGUUCUCCACGACUGAAAUGACAAAAACAAGACAAAAAAUGGAGACGACAAGAGAGACUGAGACGAAAACCAAAGCUACUGGGUCAAUAAAAUAAAAGCAGCUCAGAACCAGAGAACAGAGGAGGAACUUGUUGGAGAUAGUAUGGGGAGAUUGUAGGAGCUUCAGGAAACCACUUAGAGGUUCUGGAAGAUGUUUCUAGAAACGUGUCUAGGAACAUCUAGAAACUUGUUGGUUUCUUCUGAAGCUCCUACCAUUACAAGAACCUGGAUGGCGAAGUAUCUAGAAGAAGGAUGAGGAGACAACAUUAGCUCAAAGUUUACCAUCUGAGGAGACAUGGAGAUAGAGAAACAUCUACAGGAUCUGGAAACAACACGACCACAAUGAAACACAAAACAAGAAACGAGACAACAAUGUGCAUGAAAUUUGUCCAAGUUGACUCAAAAUUUGUAUAAAAUUAUUCAAAAUGUGUCCAAAAAAAAUUGUGAAAUUUUCCAAAAUGGCUAAAACUUGGUUCAAAAUUAUUCACUCGAUGUCUAAAAUGAUAAAGCUGUCAACAAAAUAAAAGCAGCAUGGCUCAGAACCAGUGAACAGAGGAGCAAGUUGUUGGAGAUAGUAUGAGGAGAUCGUAGGAGCUUCAGGAGAAACCAACUGGAUGGACUGGUUGGACUGAGAACCUAGAAGAAGUCUGAGGAGACAACAUUAGCUCAGAGUUUAACAACUGAGGAAACAUGGUGAUAGAGAAACAUCUAUAGGAUGAAGAGAUUGUAGGAGCUUCUAUGUUUCUAGAAACAUCUUCCAGAACCUCCAGUUGGUUUCUCCUGAAGCUCCUACCAUCACCAGAACCUGGAUGACUGAGAAUCUCCACAUAAAUCUGAGGAGACAACAUUUUUCAGAGUUAAACAUCUGAGGAGACAUGUUGGACAUGAUGGUUCCUUGUUUUUACAUUUUUGUUGAAGAAAUUAGGACUUUUUCCUCUUUGUCUUUCUAUUUGAUGACUCUCAGGUGUCGUCUAACUUGAAAAAAUCCAUUUCAUCGCGAUAUUUUAUUGCGAUUAAGUUGGACAGACGUUUCUGAGUUCUGUCUCCUUCUUCAUGAUGUUCUGGUUCCUCAGAGAUGCAGGACUUUAAAUUGAAACGUGAACCGCAGGUUGGAGGUCAGAGGGUUCCUCACGUUGUUCCUCACAUUCUACUCCAACGGUGUAAAUGACCAUUUCCCACAUACAGCCGCUAGCUAACAUUAGCUUGGAUUGGAACCAGAACCGGUGGAGACGGUCCGUUACCUGCAUGCUCACUGAUGUUAUCGCCAGAGUUCCCUAACACAAGGAGGUUCUCCGAUGUGUUCUACGUGUUGCAUGACGAGACGUGUUGGCGUGUCGGUGUAAAUGUGUAUCUGAUAUCUGCAUGCUUGUGGUGUGAGUGGAACCAGGAGGCUGCUGGUUCCGUUCAUCAGUGUUCUAUCAGUGAUGUUCUUCUGUCUGUGCUUCAUGACCGAUGCCAGGUUCUCCUGAAUAUAAACCUCUAACGUCUGUACAUGAGGACGGUUUCUCUGAUAGAAGAUUCUGUAGCUCCUGUGAUGUAAAUAAGCUUCAAACUGUCAAAGAAAAGAAUAUAAACAUGAGAUGCGCUUUAUGGCCAGAAUAUAAACCAACCGUCACUUUAUGUCUGUGUAUGUCUGUAUGAGCUCAUAUAUGACACAUGUAUCGCUAUAUGAAGUAUGCUGACUUCUAUAAAGGACUAAUAAACUGUAUUUCACCAUCA